CGCCGCCAUGUUCUGAUGAGCGUGCGCUUCCCGCCGCAGCACGAUCGCCAUUAGCGUGAGACAGCAGGCCUUCACUGAGGAGAAACCGAGAGAAAACCGAGCAAUCGGUCAGAUUUAAAUGCCUUUCGGUCGACGUUCGCCAUAAAACGGAGCCACAAUGACGUCCAGCACCAGUGUGAUCCAGGUGACGAACGUGUCGCCGAGCAGCACCGCGGAGCAGAUGCGAACCCUGUUCGGCUUCAUCGGAACCAUCGACGAGCUCAGACUCUUUCCUCCAGAUGAUUCUCCCUUGCCUGUGACUUCACGUGUAUGUUUUGUAAAGUUCCACGAGCCGGAGUCCGUCGGAGUGUCCCAGCAUCUGACCAACACGGUGUUCGUGGACCGAGCCCUGAUCGUCGUCCCCUUCGCCGAAGGAGUGAUUCCUGACGAAUCCAAGGCUCUGUCAUUGCUGGCUCCAGCCAAUGCCGUCGCAGGAUUGCUGCCAGGAGGCGGACUCCUCCCGACACCCAACCCCGUCCCAUCUAUGGGUGGCGUUCAUCUAGGAGGCCUAGGAGGGCCAAACUUGGACCCCAUGGCAGCUCUGGCCAUGGCGGCACCCAAUAUAAACACUCAGUCUUUGUCAGCUGAGCAGCUCAUGAAGCUUAUGGCGUCCAUAGACCCCAAGCUGAAUCACUUCGCCGCGGGGCUGAGUCUGAACCCUGGACUGAAGGCAGACGGCUCGAAAGAGAUCGAAGAAGCCAUGAAGAGAGUGAGAGAAGCACAAUCUCUGAUCUCCGCAGCCAUCGAGCCUGGAAGUAAGAAGGAUGAUAAACGCAAGCGCUCCAGAUCCAGGUCCAGAUCCAGACGCAGGAGGUCCGGGUCUCGCUCCAGACACAGGCGUUCCAAGAGUCAUUCCAGACGGAGAUCUCGCUCCAGGAGCAGGAGGAGGUCCAAGAGCCCCAAGAGGAGGAGAUCUCAUUCCAGGGACCGCAGCAGACGCUCCAGGUCCAGAGAUCGGAGGAAGGAAGAAAAGAACAGGAAACGUUCAAAAACUCCACCCAAGAGCUACAGCAGCGCCAGACGCUCCCGCAGCACCAGCCGCAAACGGCACAGAAGAAGUCGCAGCGCGUCUCGGUCGCCGAAGAAGUCACGAUCUCCCAAGAGGAAACUGUCCCGCUCGCCGUCUCCUCGCAGACACAAGAAGGAGAAAAAGAAGGACAAAGACCGUGAGAGAGACCGUGACCGAGACAGGAAGGACGACUGGGACAGAAAUCGGGACAAAAGAGAACGUUCCUCCAGCAAGAAGAGCAAAGACAAAGAAAAGGACCGAGACAGAGACAGGAAGUCCGACAGCGAGAAGGGAGAUGUGAAGGUGACCAGGGACUACGACGAGGAGGAGCAGGGCUACGACAGCGAGCACGAGGAAGAGCGCGAGAGGAACUCAGACGCCGCCUCGUCGCCGCAGGCUAAAGAGCUUCGAGCGGACAGCGCAGACGACGCGGGCCGCGGAGAGUCAGACGGACACAGUGAAGACCAGCGAGAUGAAGACAUGGACAUGAGCGACUGAAGCAGUGUUCGAGUGUGUUGAUUAACAGAGUUCAGACGGAGAUCAGUCGGAACGUUUCCUGUCUGAACUCCUUCAUUCCUCCUCGUUUUUUUAAAUUCUGCAUCUUCAGAAUCUGCUGUAUUUACUGGUACAUGUUCCCCGGGUUUUAGAGCUGUUUCUUCUCUCAUGGCUAAUGUGGAACGAUGUUAUACUGUAUAUUUAGUGUAGAACGUUGAAAAAUACACCCAUUCGCUAUGUCCGUUUGCGGGUUCUAUUUAAAGCGAUCACCCUCUAAUUGUGUUUGGAUAACAUUGUCAAGCAGCGGUUUUCUUUUUCUCCUUUUAAUAAUUGCAUUUGUUUUUUAUAGCUAGCUUGAGUUAGUUU